CUGGGAAGCGCGCAUGGCGGGUUUUGCGGGUUCUGCGCGGGAAGCCGGCGCCCGGCGUCCCUCGGCAGGGGUGCGGGGGUGUGCUCGCGCAGGGCACCCCUGCCCCGCAGGCUCGCCGCCAGUGUGGCCAUUCCCAGGCCCGGCUCCGGGGAAGGAGACCGGGCUGAUCCCGGAACCCCCGCGUCCGAGGUCUGCACCUGCUUGCAAAACUUGACAACUUUCCUUCCCAGGAGGACCCCGCUCUGGAGCGAUAUUUUAAGGGCCACAAAGCUGCGAUCACCUCCGUGGACUUUAGUCCCAACGGCAAACAACUUGAUGGAGUGUCCCGGCUGAGUAACUUGCCCAGGGACACAUAGCUGCUACUGCUUCUUGGGACACAUUUCUCAUGCUGUGGAAUUGCAAGCCACAAGCCAGGGCUUUCAGAUAUGUGGGUCACAAGGAUGUUGUCACCAGCCUGCGGUUUUCCCCACUUGGAAACUUGUUGGCAUCUGCUUCACGGGACAGAACUGUUAGACUCUGGAUUCCUGACAAGAGAGGGAAAUCCUCUGAAUUUAAAGCUCAUACAGCCCCAGUUCGAAGUGUAGACUUUUCAGCUGAUGGCCAGUUUCUAGCUACAGCCUCUGAAGACAAAUCCAUCAAAGUAUGGAACAUGUAUCGCCAGCGUUUCUUAUAUUCCUUGUACCGACAUACACACUGGGUACGCUGUGCCAAAUUUUCACCUGAUGGAAGGCUAAUUGUAUCAUGUAGUGAAGAUAAAACUAUUAAAAUUUGGGAUACCACCAAUAAGCAGUGUGUUAAUAACUUCUCAGAUUCUGUAGGGUUUGCAAAUUUUGUGGAUUUUAACCCUAAUGGUACAUGCAUAGCAUCGGCAGGUUCUGAUCACACCGUGAAACUCUGGGAUGUAAGAGUAAACAAGUUGCUCCAGCAUUAUCAAGUUCACAGUGGCGGAGUUAAUUGUGUAUCCUUCCAUCCUUCGGGCAACUACCUCAUCACUGCUUCUUCAGAUGGCACACUUAAGAUUCUGGAUCUCUUAGAAGGAAGGCUCAUAUAUACACUUCAAGGACAUACGGGACCUGUCUUUACCGUUUCAUUUUCAAAAGGUGGAGAGCUGUUUAGCUCAGGAGGUGCAGACGCACAGGUCUUAUUAUGGAGGACUAAUUUUGAUGACUUGAAUUGUAAAGACAUGAUUAAAAGAAAUCUCAAAAGGUUACACUUUGAUGCAUCACCACAUCUUGUUGAUAUAUACCCGAGGACACCACAUCCCCAUGAAGGGAAAAUUGAGACUGUUGAAAUUAAUCCAAAGCUUGAGGUAAUUGAUUUGCAGACUUCUUCUCCCCCUGUUGUGGACGUCCUUUCUUUUGAUUCUACCACAACAACAGAUACCACCACUGUUAGAACCUUGGCAGACAAGAGCGAAGAGAUCAGCAGAUAUUUCUUGAACCCUUCUUUAUUGUCAUCGGAAUGUUCACCAACAUCCUUGAAAAAGAAAACAGAAGACAUGAGUGACUUCCCUUCUGAGAGCCAAAGAAGCAUACCACUUGCUGUGACUGACGCUUUAGAGCAUAUUAUGGAACAACUCAAUGUUCUGACCCAGACUGUUUCAAUCUUGGAGCAGCGACUGACUUUGACAGAGGAUAAGCUGAAAGACUGCCUUGAAAAUCAGCAAAGGCUUUUCAAUGUUAUCCAACAGAAAAGUUAAAUAGAAAAAUAUGAGCAGAGGCUUGAUAAAUGACCCCAUGUACAUGUGCUCAGGAAGGUAGUCCAAGAUACUUCACACAACACAACCAUGUACUCACUAUCAUGGCAUUUCUUAAAAGGGUGAACAACAGAACAAAAAGCAGAAAAGGCAUAAUUAACGACUAAUUUAAACACACAAAUCAAUGUCAAGGACUAAUUCAGAUCAUUACCAUUUAUAAUUGCAGUAAUAAAGUGAUAAGUAUUCAAGUGGCUCUAUAUUUUCCCCCAUAUUAUUGUAAAUGCCAGUUUUUGUUUAUAGUCCAAAUCCUGCCAGGAAAGUAACCAAAUCGAAUUUCAUUGUUAAAUCAUUUCAGCUGAUCACAUUCAGGUGAUUCCUUAAAGCCAUGGAUGUGUUUCUUUCGUGAACAACACCCUUGGGGUGAAGUAAUGCAGUUAACCUCUAACACUGCAUCCUGUAUGCAGAGAAUAAAUUAGUGGUCUGACUCAUGUUUCUGUCAGCUCAAAAAAAAAAAAAAAUUAUUCUUUCUUAACAAUGUCCUGAAAUGAUGAUCUUAUAAAAUUCCCAAAGCACAGAAUUUCCACAGCAAGAAUACACUUAUAUACGUGACACAGGGCAGUGGGUUUUUACUUAAUUUAUGGUGAACAUGUCUUAUCCUUUGCCCAGCCUGAAAGAAAAUGAAGAGCUAGAAACGCAUGAAGUGCACGUCUUUGCUCUCGUUGAUGGGCGCGUGGAAGGAUUUGGGUUGUGUCCAGACCUAUGACCCCAGGUUACAAAGAUGGCGCUAGUGGGGUUUCAGUAUGCUCUGAUGCUUGAAUGAUGCAACAGUGAUAUUUACAAAUACACACACACAUGUAUGUCCACAUGCUUCAGAAAAGUUGUUGCUUAGGGUGAUUUGGGUGGCUGAGUAAUAAGUACAUAUAAUAUUCACAUCAUUGUCUUCCUAUUUUUUUUUUAACGAAUUGUGAUUUAAAACAAAAUAAAAAUGAGCCUGGCAUUCCAAAAGAUGCUCAGGGUGAUUUGGUUACAAAUUAAGAAUUUUGUUUUAUCUAAAAAAAAUGAGAUUAAAUUGAAGAAAAACAAAUUAAUUUUUGCUUGCUUUUCUGUUAACCUAAACCAGGAGGUGGGAGAGGGCAGUCUGUAUUUAUGCUGUCUGUAGGUAACAUGGGGAAAAUGCUGUAUCUAUGUUUUGAAAAAGAAGAAAAAGUCAAGUGCUAUUUAUGUAGGAGUCUGUGUUUAUAAAUUUUUCCCAAGCAAUUUCAAUCAUAUGUUUUUUUUUAAAUCACCUCACUGUGUGUUUUAAGUGCCUUUUUAUAUUAUAAGUGUGAACUUCUAGACAUUUUCCAAAAGUUUUGUAAAGACUAAGUGGCAUCGUAUUUUUAUAACCUCAUUCAAAAGACUAAGAUAUGAAAUGUCAUACUGAUUUUUGUUUACCAUUUCUUAAGCUUCAAACAAUAAAAACAUUUUACCUUUUAAA